AUGUGUGUUGCUGCCAUGGCGACUGUGGCUCCUCCCUUCACAUUUCUCCUCCUGCUGCUUCAACUGGCGGAUGGCUCAUUCCCAGAGGAACCCAGUCCACUCAGCUACGUCCCCGUAGAGGUUGUGCGGAGGUAUCCGGUGUUCUUGGGCAGAGCUCAUCGUUCAGCUCAGAGACAGGAGCUGCACAUCCAGACGGUCCUCCAAGUCAACCGCACGCUCUACAUAGGAGCCAGAGAUGACCUGUACAGAGUGGAGCUGGAUAACAUGGCAGGUGAUGAGAUGUUCUACAGCAAGAAACGGACAUGGGAAUCCAACAAGAACGACAUUCGAGUGUGCCGAAUGAAGGGCAAACAUGAGGGAGAGUGCCGUAAUUUCAUCAAGGUUUUGCUCAGCCAGCAUGGUGGCCUGUUUGUAUGUGGAACAAACGCCUUCAACCCGCUGUGUGCCAACUACACUAGAGACACUCUAGAGAUGGUGGGGGAGUCUGUCAGCGGGAUGGCACGGUGCCCAUAUGAUCCACGGCACGCCAAUGUGGCUUUAUUUGCAGAUGGGAGUCUCUUUACUGGUACUGUGACAGACUUCCUGGCCAUCGAUGCAGUGAUCUAUCGUAGUCUUGGUGACAGCCCCGCCCUCCGCACAGUCAAACAUGACUCCAAAUGGUUCAGAGAGCCCUACUUUGUGAGCUCCAUGGAGUGGGGGCCUCAUAUUUAUUUCUUCUUCAGAGAGAUGGCCAUGGAGUUUCAUCAUUUGGAGAAGGUGAUGGUGUCUCGUGUGGCUCGUGUGUGUAAGGCAGACCUGGGUGGCUCUCAGCGCGUCCUGGAGAAACAGUGGACUACAUUCCUGAAGGCUCGGCUCAACUGCUCCGUCCCGGGAGAUUCACACUUUUACUUCAAUCUCUUGCACGCCACAAGCAACAUCAUCCACAUGCAGGGACGAGACGUCAUCCUGGGUCUCUUCUCCACACCGCCAAACAGCAUCCCUGGCUCUGCAGUGUGUGUAUUUGACAUGCAGCAGCUCGCUCAUGUCUUUGAGGGCCGCUUUAAAGAGCAGAAAUCCCCAGAAUCUAUUUGGACUCCUGUGCCAGACGAAGCUGUGCCUAAACCAAGACCCGGAGGAUGUGCAGUGCAGGGAUCCAGAUUUAGCUCCUCUACCACACUCCCAGAUGAGGUGCUGAACUUUGUGAAGACCCACCCGCUGAUGGAUGAGACGGUUCCACUGCUGGGGCACAGACCCUGGGUGGUCAAGACUAUGGGACGGUACCAGUUGACAGCCAUGGUGGUGGACACAGAAGCCGGACCCCAUAAGAACCGUACAGUCUUGUUCCUGGGCUCGACUCGAGGAACCAUUCUCAAGUUUCUAAUGAUUCCCAGUGGAGAUUCUGUCUCCCACCGCAGCGUAUUUCUGGAGGAAGUUGAAGGAUUCAACCCAGAGAAGUGUAGUGAGGACUCUCCUCAGGCUCGUCAGCUCUUGUCUCUGUCGCUGGACCGCACCAGUCACACUCUGCUGCUGGCUUUCCCCUCCUGUCUGGUCCGAGUGCCGACGUCCCGCUGCCACCUGCACUCACGCUGCAUGAAGAGUUGUCUAGCCUCCAGAGACCCGUACUGUGGCUGGACCAGAGGCAGCACCUGCUCCUUCCUGAGACCAGGCACGCGGCUGCCUUUUCAACAAGAUGUGGAAUAUGGAAACACCACCUCCCAUCUAGGAGACUGCGAUGGAAUUCUGCAGCAGAGUUUGCUGAUCGAACCAGAGAGCUUGGUCUCCCUCAACCUGCUUGUGGCGUCCGCAGUGUCUGCGUUCACCAUUGGGGCGGCACUCUCUGGCCUCGCUGUCUGCUGGAUAAUGGCCCACAAGCCCACCAACCGUCGCCACGGCUCUUCCUCACAGUCCUCCAUCCAGCGGCGUGAAAGAGGCCUGCUGAGUAACGGCGGCGGGAUGGGAGGUUCCGUGCUAAGCGUGACACGGCAAGGAGGCGGGGAGCGCCCCUGCUCCCAGGGCGGGGAAACCCUGUUUGUCAUGCCCAACGGUUGGGUGAAGUCAGGGGAGCUCGACCCGGGCUUCCUGCCAACCCCCGAGCACACGCCCCAGCAGAAACGCAGAGGCCUACGACUGUCUGACUCCAACUCCGGAGGGUGGGACACCAGCCAGACGUACCUGGGGGGAGGCUCUGUGGGUCUGGGUUCACCCUGCCGCAUUCCCCCCUCUGUCUACCUGACCACCAGACUCUUCCAGCAAGGGGGAGGCGGGAGACACGGCGGUGAGAGCCGAGGGAACGACACGCCACGCCAGCACUAUGUCUGCCUGAGCAAGCAAGAAAAAGCAGUGAGGGGGACACCCAAGGCCCCUCUCAGGAAGUCUGCAGGAGAAUACGUGUACCCCAUGACCCCCCAGGACUCGCCUGAGCGCCGGAGGGUGGUCUCGGCACCCAGCGCCCCUAUGGAGUACGGCGAGCCGCUGCCUUUGCGCUGGCCAGCCCCCGAAGGAUACAUCCUGAGCAGCCACGGCAUGGUCCCCGUCCCCCUGCCUCCGCCCUCCAUGCCCGCUCCCAGCAGCCAGGCUUACGUGUCCCAGCAACACACCCCUGGGCUGAGCAGGGCUCUGCUGCGAGGGGCCCUGGAGCGAGGGGAGCUGGGCGAGCUGGUGGAUCUCAGCCAGCUGAUGAGUAAGAAGAACUGCAGUGAUAGGACUCAGGCUGGCCAGUGACUCAUGAGGGAAUGAAGGGAGCUUUUCCAUGUCCGGCUGCCUGCUUUAUUUACAUAGAUCUGUCUUUCCUCUUUCUUUCUCAUUCUGUCCAUCCCUCUCUCCCUUCCCUCCUCUUCUCCUUCAUCUUUAUUUGUCAUUCAGCCCCUCUGAUCUCCUCUGUGUCUCAGGCACCCCCCC